CCAAUAAGAAAGGCGUAGAAAGAGAUGUAAAAGGUCAGAUUAAAGAGGUCUACAAUGAUGAGGAUGGUACCACCCAAGCAAGGGUGGAAUUCAAGGGUGGGAAGCAGAAGAUCUAUAAGUAUGAAGAGAUCGUGAAGAUGCUAACCAGGUCAGAUGAUGCUGAUGCAGAGUACUGGGAUUUUGAUAAGAUCCUAGACCACAAAUGGUCCAAACAACCUGGUAGACAAGGAAAGAUUGAUGUCAAGGUCAAGUGGAGUGGUUUCACUGAGGAUGAGGCUACCUGGGAACCCAUGGAAGUGAUCAGGAAGGACAGCCCAACAGUCCUUGCAGAGUAUGCGGCCCUCAAAGGCAUUGUCCAUGAGUCCAGGUGGAAGUGGGCCCACAAGUAUCUAAAGAACAGGAAGAAGUUCCUCAGGAAUGGAGGCUAA